CUUCUAUUAAUAGUCAGCAGAGGGUGGGACUUUGGAAAGCAGUCAGGCUGCCAGGCAGACAAGCAGACAGGCAGGGAGACUUUUAGACAGGCAUAUAGGCAAACAUUUAGACAGGCAGACAGGAAAACAUUUAGACAGACAGACUUGUAGACAGGCAGGUUGGAGAUUAAGCUUUUGUUGAGGCAGACAGACAGACAGACUGGCAGGAACACAGGCGGACUUGUAUCGAGGCAGACAGACAGGUAUUUAAACAGGCAGACGCUAGCAGAGAAAUAAACAGACAGGCAGCACUAGAGGUUGUGAAAUUAACCUCCAGUUGACAGAAGUGAGAAGACAGGCACACCAGAGACAAGGUAAUCCAUAGACUCUGUGAUCUAAUCAUUAUUUGUGUUGGUUAUCCAAGAAUAUUGGUCCAGGGAUGUAGAAUUCAGCAUCCAGCAUCAAACUUCAAGAUUCCAGAGAUCCCGAAAUUUAGAGUUUCAGAACAAAGAAACCAGAAUUCCAUAAUCCAGAGGCCAUGGCAGAGAAGACAGACCAGAGAGGUCCCGGUGAGCAGCCUGGGCAUACUGACCCAGAGGAGCAGGGUGGGCCACAGCCUGGACAUGUUGACCCAGAGGAGCAGGGUGGGUCCCAGCCUGGACAUGUUGACCCAGGGGAGCAGGGUGGGUCCCAGCCUGGACGUGUUGACCCAGGGGAGCAGGGUGGGUCCCAGCCUGGACGUGUUGACCCAGGGGAGCAGGGUGGGUCCCAGCCUGGGCUGGAUCCCCAGGAGCAGGGCUUGGAGGAGUCGGAGUCCGUGUGCCCGGGCUGCCAGGCGGCGGGGGCUCUGGUUCUCCCCUGCGGACACCGUCUCUGCCAGGUCUGCGUGGAGCUGUGUCAGAGAGAGCUGGGAGGCCAGGGAGGCUGCACUGUCUGCUACGGACGCAACCUGCUGGACUGUGUCCUCAACCGCCUGCUGGACUCCUUGUUCCAGGGGCAGUCCCGAAGGCCGGGGAGGGGCGGGAGGUCCGGGGAGGCUGGGGGGCAGUGUCCAGAGCACGGGGAGAUGUUCAGCAUGUUCUGCAUGGAGGAGGAGGAGCUGGUGUGCUCAGAGUGUCAGAGGGAGGAACACGAGGAGCACGAAUGUUGCUCCGUAGAGGACGCGGCGCUGGACUGCAAGAGGGAGUUGCAGUCCUCUCUCAGGCCUCUCCAGAGCAAGCUGGAUUCGCUGAACACUGCCUUGCACACCAGCCAGGCCAUAGCCCAGCAUAUCAAGAACCAAUCAGAGCAUGCGGAGCGCGUGGUGGGGGAGGAGUUUGAGAAGCUGCACCAUUUCCUCAGAGACGAAGAGGCGGCUUUGAUGUCUUCAAUAAAAGAGGAGGAGGAAGAGAAGAGCCGGAAGAUGAAGGAGAGGAUGGAGAGAAUCAUGGAUGACAUCGCGUGUCUGACAGACGCCAUCAGGGAGACGGAAGAGGCCAUGGCUGUUGAAGAUGUGAUCUUCUUAAAGAAUUUCAAGAAGACUUCUGAGAGGACCCAGUUGAGCGUGGAGGAACCAGAGGUGGUGUCUGGGUCUCUGCUGGACCUGGCCCAGCACCUGGGCUGCAUCCGGUACCACGCCUGGGAGAACAUGCAGAACCUGGUGCACUACACGCCGGUGACUCUGGACCCAAACACAGCCGACGCAUGCCUGAGCGUGUCCGACAACCUGAUCAGCGUGCGCUACAGUGAGGAGGAGGAGGAGGGGCGCCAUCUCCCAGACAACCGCGAGAGAUUCCGCUACCACGAGUGCGUCCUGGGCUCCGAGGCCUACAGCUCUGGCUCCCACAAGUGGGAGGUGGAGGUGGGAGAGAACAGCUGCUGGGCCCUGGGUGUGGCCCAGGACAACUUCCCCAGGAAGGAGUGGUUCCCCCCAGACCCGGAGAAGGGCCUGUGGGUGGUCUGCUUCACCGGGGGGCAGUACCGGGCCUGCAGCCCUACCGGCACCCCCCUCACCCUGAAGAAGAAGACCCAGAGAGUCAGGGUGCAUCUGGACUGGGAACGGGCCAGACUCACCUUCUCGGACGCCAGCGAUAACUCCAUCAUCUACUCGUUUAAACACAGGUUCACCAGGAGGGUGUUCCCUUACCUGUCCACCAGCUGCAGACGACACCCUCUGACCAUCUCUGCUGGGAGGGUGUCUGUCUCGGCAGAGUAGCACACAGGGUGCCUGGGAGAAAUGUGGAGAGAUACCAAGGACAGUAGAAAACCCAACGGUAUUAUAUGUGACUUUGGAUAAAAGUGUCUGAUAAAUGAAUACAUUAUUAUUAUUUUUAUAAAUGCAUUUGGCAUUUGCAUUUAGAAGAUGCUUUCAUCCAAUUUGUUUCCAUUAAUCUGUGUCUUAUAGGGAUGUUUCAUAAGUAUAGAUGUCCUGUAAACAUGUAGGGCAUGUGGUAUCUCUACAAGCUAGCUCUGCCUUAGUAACAGACAACAUGCACUAGAAUUCAAACGAGCAAGCCUGUGGGGCUGAAAUAUAUUUAUGCAUAUCUGGGAAGGUUUUAUUUGUUGAUAAGUUCAUGUCAUGACUGUCAGCCAAUCAGAUUUUAAGUCAGAGUUACUCGUUUGUAUAUCGUCUGCUGUGUACAUAAUAGUUUAAAGUCAUGAAGCUAUUUUUCUUUAGUGAAACCAUUUCGAUUUUGUAUGUCUAAUAUGUCAAACACUGUAUUUCAUGUACCGCUACAAAUAAAUGUGCAGUCCCAUUGAAAUGCACUUUUCUGA